AUGAGAGACCAUUUUGGUUCAUAUAACUUAACAAAAGAUGGCUUUAUUUAUGUUACAAAUUCAUCCGCAGCUUCAUCAGGCCAAAGUAGUCGUUUACCAGUAGAUUACAUUGCAAGAGACCCUAUACAAUUUUAUGAUGAGAGAUUUGUUACAUAUCCAACUAACAAGCCAGGGGAUGAACAUCAUUUUACCAUUGACUUUCUAACAUCCAAAGUUCAUUUAAUUAAUUACACUCUUCUAUAUAUCUCUCAAAUUAGAUUUAUGGUGCAAUACGAGGUUUUAGGAGAGUUAAUGACGAAUCAAUGGGAACAAAUAGACUAUCGAGCUGUAACACGACAGGAUGUAACGCCAUUUACGGUUGAUGGCAACCAAUAUUUUGCCUAUUCUUUUCCUACAACAGCAACCAAAAAUUAUUCAAGAUUCAGGUUCAGAAAUAUAGGACAAAAUCAAGGAGAUAGUGUAUCUGAUGGCACUGGGCUAUACACUGCAACUACUGCAAAGCUUUUCCUCUACGGCACUCUUUAUCCUGGAGCAAUAAAACGUUCCCCAAUAAAAUUGAAGAGGAAAGAACAAAUGAUGUUUAACUUUGCCAUGUUCUCAAGUUUGUAA